CUAAACUGACAUCCCCUCCAAACAGGAGGGAGAAAGAGAGUGAAAGCUCUCACCAGGAGGUGGGGACUCCUCCUGAAACACCCACUGCUGUCCCUAUAAAGCUGCCCCUGCUCCUGCUCUGCCCUGCUCUCUGUUGUAUCCUCCACGGGGCAGAUCCAGGCACCUUGAGCACCAUGGCCCUUUCUGUGCGCACAAGCGGCGGGUCCCGGCAAUUCUCCUCUCGGAGCGGAUUUGGAGGGGGAUCUCUGAGGAUGUCCAGUUCCAGUGGUGGAGGAGGCUUUGGUGGCAGUGGGCUUGGUUUUGGUGGAGGGUCUGGUGGAGGGUUUGGUGCAGCUUCUCUGUUGGGUUCAAGCUCUGGCUUUGGUGGGGGCUUUGGGGGCAGCUCAGGUGCAGGACUUGGGAGCAGCUUAAGCAGUGGCUUUGGUGGAAGCUUUGGAGGUGGUUUGGGUGGUAGCUAUGGAAGUGGCUUAGGCAGUGGGUUUGGGGGAGGUUUGGGAAGUGGUUUUGGCAGCAGUUCAGGUGCUGCUUUUGGUAGUGGCUUUGGUGGUGGCUUAGGGACUGGUUUUGGAGGUGGGUUUGGCCCUGCUGGUCCUGGGGAUGGUGGCCUUCUUUCUGGCUCAAAAAAAGAGACUAUGCAAAACCUCAAUGACCGUCUGGCUGCGUAUCUGGACAAAGUGAGAUCUCUGGAGGAUGGCAACACCGAGCUGGAGCGCAAAAUCCGUGAAUGGUAUGAGAAAAACGGCCCUGGCACUGGCACCCCUGGAUCUGGGAAUGACUACAGUAAAUUCUACCCCCUCAUUGAAGAUCUUCGAAACAAGAUCAUCAAUGCAACCAUCGACAAUGCGAGGAUCAUUCUGCAGGUUGAUAAUGCCAGACUGGCUGCUGAUGACUUCAGACUGAAAUAUGAGAAUGAAGUGGCUCUUCGGCAGAGUGUGGAGGCUGACAUCAAUGGUCUGCGCAGAGUCCUGGAUGAGCUGACCAUGACCAGGGCAGAUCUGGAGAUGCAGAUUGAAAGCCUGAAUGAAGAACUGGCUUAUCUCAAGAAGAAUCAUGAAGAGGAGCUUCAGGGCAUCCAAAGCAGUGAAUAUGGCCAAGUCAGUGUGGAAAUGGACGCUGCUCCAGGGACUGAUCUGACCAAGCUUCUGAAUGAUAUGAGGGGACAGUACGAAGUUAUUGCCGAGCAAAACCGUAAAGAGGCCGAGGCGUGGUUCAAUGAAAAGAGCGGAGAGCUGAAAAGGGAAAUCUCUACCCAUACUGAGCAGCUCCAGUCAGGAAAGAGCGAGAUCACAGAUUUAAAAAGGACUCUCCAGAGCUUGGAAAUAGAGCUGCAGUCUCAGCUUGCCAUGAAAAAAUCCCUGGAAGACACUUUAGCAGAAACAGAAGGUGGUUACUGCGCUCAGCUGUCACAGAUCCAAAUGCAGAUUGGGAACCUGGAGUCCCAGCUUUUCCAGGUCAGGGCUGACAUGGAGCGCCAGAACGCGGAGUACCAACAGCUCCUGGACAUCAAGACUCGUCUGGAAAUGGAGAUUGAAACCUACCGGCGCCUGCUGGAUGGAGAGUUUGUGGGUGCUGGACAGGCAGUUACACUUGAAAGCUCAUCCCUGACAGGGUCCAAAUCUCAAACACAAUCACUGGACUCUUCUCAAGAUCCAACCAAAACUAGAAAGAUCAAGACAAUUGUCGAAGAAGUGGUAGAUGGAAAAGUUGUUGCAUCCCACGUUAAGGAAGUUGAAGAGAAGAUAUGAGGCACAAUCUGAUGUGGCAAAAGAUCCAUUUGCUCCAAGCCAAAAUAACUUUAUUCUUUCGUAUGAAGUGAUAAAACAUUUGGCUUUGUACUCAGAAUCUUUUAGAUAAGACAAAGUUGGCAGUUUCAUUCCUUGCAGACAUAAAUACAUUUCCUGCUUCACUCUAUCAGCCUUACCUGUAUGAUUUCCAUGGUGUUCUUUAAAAAUAUCAUCAAACCUCUGUUCAAUAACCAGAAAUAUGAAGCAAACAUGUAAGCAGAUUUGCCUUUUUAUAAUCUUUAGUAACCUACAAAUAAAAUAAUUUUGCUGUUCUAAUCUCAUUUUCCAGUUUUCAUCCCUAAUAAAAAGGACUCCACAAGCUUUAAUGUAUUAGUGUCCCUUUUUUCUCCACGACCCCCUCCAGCUGUGUGGUGAGCCAGCAAUAAAAUAUGAACAUUGAAAGCAGCUAGAAUUCAAAGUUCCAUAAGUCCUAGGAAAGAUGCAACUGCUUACACCUACCUACCUUCAGCCUUCAGAAAUCUCAUAGCCAGGU